AUGUCCACAGUGUUUAUGGAGACUAGCUCCAGUGGGAAGCUUUCCCUGUCAGGAAAAUGAGGCUUCGUGGAUGAUUUGGACAUGAUGGAGCCCAUUGAUUACACCUUGCUAUGGGUGCCUAACUCGGGCCAUGGAAAAAGCAAAGUUAAUGAGUGCGGCCUAAGCUCUGAUUUGAGCCCAGCAGUUCAGCAUCAUCUCUUUCCUCUGCUAGGACAUAGCCUUCUUCUGACUACAGAGGAGGGAGGAAAGAUAGCAAGAGACCGAGAAGCCAUGGAGAUGGAAAGGGUUGGAUUGCAGGUGUUUGUCAUGUUGACAUGUGCUUUUCGCUAUGGCCGUGAUGACUUGGAUGUGAUUGGUCUGAUGCGCAAAGAUCUCUAUGUACAGGCCAAGCAAGUGACUCCAGCUGAACCCAGAAGCUUCCAGGGCCCCCUCACAGCCUUACAGGAGCAGCUUCUGCACAAACAUGGGGCCAGUGCCUACCCUUUCACACUCCAGAUGGUUGCAACCCUGCCCUGUUCGGUGACACCACCUAGGCCUGAAAAUUUAGGAAAGCUGUGUGGGAUGGACUUUGAAGGGAAGAGUUUCUGUGCAGAAAAUCUGAAUGAGAAAAUCCCUAAGAGCGAUUCUGUGCAUCUGGUUACACAGAAAGUGCAGUUUUCCCCGGAACCAGACCCUGGUCCCCGUGCACAGACCAUUUGCAGCUUCUUCUCAUCAGCUCAACCCCAACAACUCCAGGCCUGGAUGGACAGGGAGGUUCACUACCAUGGAGAAGCUAUUUCUGUCCAUGCUCCUAUCAACAACUGUACCAACAAGGUCAUCUAAAGACUCAAGAUCGCUCUGCAUCUAACCCCCAGACCACAGGUUCUAAAACACAGGUCACGGACCUUGGCAGUAACUCCACUUCUGGCUGCCUACUACCAGAAACAGGGCCUGGCACUGAACGGCAAACUCAAGCACGAAGGCACCAAUUUGGCCUCUAGCACAAUUCUUCAAGCUGGGAUGAACAGGGAGCUUCUGGGGAUCCUGGUAUCCUACAAAGUUAGAGUCAACCUGAUGGUGUCCUAUGGAGGGGGGGAUGAGGAGGAAGGGGCAAAACCAGUGUCUCUUCGGAGUCUCCCAAGUGUAUGGGACUCCAAAGUAUAUGUACAAGGACUAGGUGGCAUGGCUAGGCAAAUGAGAUGGAAGGUCCCCAGAUUCUCUGAUUUCUACAAAUAA